AUGUCGGCCCCCAUCAAUGGCGGAGAUGCCCAAUACGACAUCAAAGGCGACUGCGGGGAAGUGCUCUUCACCCGGGAGCAGGUGCAGGCCGCCACCAAAGAGCUCGGGGCCAAGAUCGCGGCGGACUACGCCGGCAAGUCGCCGCUGAUCGUGCCCAUCCUCAAGGGGUCCUUCAUAUUCGCGGCAGACCUGGUGCGCCCCCUGCGGGGCGGUGGGAUGGGCCACCAAUGA